UCCAUUGUUUCCCAAUUCCUCCCUCUUUUAUUGUUAAUGAGCUGUUUUUCUUGUUAACUUUUUAGCUUUUUCUUGCUUAUAAACACACCACGCAUACAAAUUGACACUAUACUCGUUAUUUUUCCUGUCUUUUUCUCUUCUCUCUUUCUUUCUUUGCUCUCAAUAAAAAAAAAAGAAAAAAAGAAAAAAAAAAAAAGGCAGCCAUGUCUCUCCUCUCUGAUCUCAUCAAUCUUAAUCUCUCUGAAACCACCGAUAAGAUCAUCGCCGAGUAUAUUUGGAUUGGUGGAUCUGGUUUAGACAUCAGAAGUAAAGCAAGAACACUACCAGGACCAGUUACAGACCCAGCAAGACUACCCAGAUGGAACUAUGAUGGUUCAAGUACAGACCAAGCUCCCGGAGAGGACAGUGAAGUAAUCUUGUACCCACAAGCUGUGUUUAAGGAUCCAUUCAGAAGAGGAAACAACAUCCUGGUUAUAUGCGACACCUACACACCAGCAGGUGAACCAAUACCUACCAACAAGAGGUACAAUGCUGCCAAGAUUUUCAAUCAUCGUGAUGUUGUUGCUGAGGAGCCUUGGUAUGGGAUUGAACAAGAAUACACCCUUCUUCAGAAGGAUGUUAAAUGGCCUAUUGGGUGGCCAGUUGGUGGUUACCCUGGUCCUCAGGGACCGUACUACUGCGGCGCAGGAGCAGACAAGUCAUUUGGUCGUGAUAUAGUGGACGCACAUUACAAAGCCUGCCUCUAUGCCGGAAUUAACAUCAGUGGAAUCAAUGGUGAAGUUAUGCCUGGCCAGUGGGAAUUUCAAGUUGGCCCCGCUGUGGGUAUUGCUGCCGGGGAUCAAUUGUGGGUUGCUCGUUACAUUCUUGAGAGGAUUACAGAAAUUGCAGGAGUUGUUCUUACUUUUGAUCCAAAACCAAUCCAGGGUGACUGGAAUGGUGCUGGUGCUCACACCAACUACAGCACCAAGUCAAUGAGAAGUGAUGGUGGUUAUGAAGUGAUAAAGAAGGCAAUUGAUAAAUUGAGUUUGCGUCACAAGGAACACAUUGCUGCUUAUGGUGAAGGCAAUGAGAGGAGAUUGACCGGUCGCCAUGAAACUGCUGAUAUCAACACCUUUUGUUGGGGUGUUGCUAAUCGUGGAGCCUCUGUUCGUGUUGGCCGUGAUACCGAAAAGGCCGGAAAAGGUUACUUUGAAGACAGAAGGCCAGCAUCAAAUAUGGAUCCAUAUGUUGUCACUUCUUUGAUUGCUGAAACCACCAUUAUCUGGAAACCAUAGAGGACCCACAAAAAAAAAGAAAAAAAAAAAAAACAAGUUUGGAAAUUGCUUGAUUGAUCCAAGGGAGAGGAAGAAGAAAGCAAUUUGAUUAAUUUUUAACUGAUAUAAAAUAACUCUCCUAUGUAUCUUUCCUACUUUCUUUAUGGUUGUACUUUACGCAUGUGUACACUUGCUACUCAGAUUGGUUGGUUGGAUUUUGAACUAAAUAUUAUUAUGCUUUAGUGGAAUGUAUUGUCGAUUGUUUUGUUUAUAACAACUUCAUUAUUUUUAAAUAAGAAAAGCGUUUAUGA